CCAAGAACUGCCAAACGCAUAGACAAACCGAUUCAGAACAGCUUUAGAAUCAAAGACAUGGACAGUUCAAAGUUGAAGUUGAAGGUGUCUGCUGGUCCCUCCAAGGAUCGCUCGAAGCUUACCCUCGUCUCCGUCAACAACGACGACCAUCCUACGAAGAUCUCAGGCCCUCAUUUCGAAGGCGAACUGGUGAUCAGGAUCAGAGACUUUACAGGAGUAGCUCCCAAAGGGAAGCAGCCAAAAGGAACAACCGACUACUUCACGGGCACGCAGGACACAUUCUCUCUGCAGUUCAAAGGCAGGUUCAAGGGUGACUGGACCGCUGAUGAUAUAGUGUUCGGGAAUGACUUUGAUCAUCCUGUCAAGGAUAGUCUGCCCACUGGUACGACCUUAGGACUAAAAGCUUUGAGGUGGAUUGAUCCCACUUUGGAAGCAGAUUUGUAUGGGGACAAACCUUGGGCGCUUUCUCCCCUAUUAUCGUCGAUGAACAUUAUCAAUACCUCUUCCCACGAGGAGACCGGUGUUGGGUUGCAUCGUAUCACCGAAGAUGCAUCGGCCCUGACCGGAGGACAGCAAGACGCUGCAGCUCGUCGAAAGUGGUUCGCAAACCAGGCGAACAGAAAGAAGACACAAGUUCCCGAAGACCUGACCAUCCAAGGGGACUUUAGCAACCCUUUCGUUGAUUUCAAUACGAUCAGCGCACACUUGCCUUAUGUCAACCUGAACAUCAGUAUCUUGCAGUACUGGGAUGGUCAGCCGAUGCGGUAUGUGUGUCGAACACGAGAUGAUCAGACGAUCUUCUUCGUUGUUCUCUUGGAGCUUGUCGACGAUGAUGGACAGAACGUAGGACCGGACGAGGUGAAGGAGGAGGGAGCACUGGCCAAGGCUACCGAGACGGUCAAGGAAGUGGCGGACGACAUCGGAAUUGAUUAG